AUGACGGAUGACGUCACCACGAGACGCGAUGCUCAUGGCUCCACCUCACAACAUGACGGCCAGCCGAUACUGCUGGCGUCGACCAUCGCCGCGUUAGGAGGCCUCGGCCUGCCGCCCGACUUGGAGGGGCUCCUUACCCGCUGUGAUGAGAGAGACUGCGGUGCUUCCGGCGGGGAUGCUGGUUCCGCGGAACAGGCGGAGCGGAAGGCUCUGGGGGAGGAAAUCGGAAGUCGGUGCGGGGAUGCGGCGGAGGAGGUGCUCACGCACGAGGCGACCGGAGGCCACCGGAAAGGGCAGGCGCGCGUUGAAGAAGGAUUGGCGGAGCGGAAAGCGCCCAUCUUCCGCGUGGCCCCGCUGACGGGGCUAGUGCCUGCACACUUGCACGAGCACUGGGGAAGGCGGAGGCGUGUGGGGGGAGCGAAGGGGGAGGGGCGGUGGGUGUCGGAGAGGGCGAGUGAGGAGGAGAGCGUGGUGGCAGUGGGGGAGGCGGGGCUGAGGCGACUGGGGAUGUGCGCUGGGGACAUGGUGGCGGUGGCGCUGCUGCCAUGCGCGCCAGGCGCACUGGCCGCCCAAGUCAUGCCCGCGCGCCUGCUGUUGUGGCGAGAAGGGGCGCGGAUGGGCAGUGCCGGCAGGCGAGGCAGCAGGCGCAGGAGUAGGAGUGGGGCUGGCGGGGGCACGGCGUGGGUGUCGCCGCUGCUGGGGUUCAACCUGGGCCUGCCGGGGGGAGUGAUGGGUGGGUGGGAGUGCAGUGAGGGGGCGGAGGGGAACGAUGAGCUGGGCGAGUCUGCGGACGAGCAGGGGAGUGAAAAAGAGGAGGAGGAGGAGGAGGAAGAGGAGGGGGAGGAGGAGGAGGAGGAGGAGGAGAGGCAGGGAGCGUUCAGGGCAGGGCGGGCAGCAUGGGCGGGCAUCCGCGUGCUCAUUCUGCCCCUCCCGGCCCUGCCCUUGCUCGAGGCCUCCUCCAUGCAGCCCCCCCUGGCAGCGGAUGCGGAUGGGCGCACGGCGGAAGGGCAGAUGGCCGUGCGCGUGGGCGUGGCCAGUGUGGUGCGCCUUGCCCCCGUGCGCUGCCCCUCCGCCCUCCCCCCCUGGCACGCUGUAGGGGGAAGGGGAAGAAGGGGGGAGGGAGGGCGGGGGGGAGAGAGGGGAGAUGGCAGUGGGGCGGUGGGAGGGGGGAUGGGGAGGAGAGGGAGGGGGAAGGAGGGGCAUGCAUGGGCCAAUAGGCAUGUGCCACGUCAUGAGGAGAGAGAGGGGAGGCAGGAUGGGGAGGAGCAACGCGAGCAUGCGGGCAUGGGUGGGGAGGAAGGGUCAGAGGAGGAAGGGGAGGGGGACGAGGAGGAGGAGGAGGAGGAGAGGGCGUGGGAGAGGGAGGCGAGGCAGAGGGAGGUGGACGAGGGGGUGCGGCGGGCUGUGGUGCGGCAGCGGUUCGUUGCGGUGGGCGCGUGUUUCCUCACGGUGCUGGGCGGUCGAGAGAGCGUGGCUCGCAUGGUACGAUCAGUUAUAGUGGGUCGAGGGGCAAGGAGAGGAAGGGGGGGCGGACGGGAGGAGGAGGAACGGGGAACAGAAGAGGAGGAGGAGGAGGAGGAGGAGGAGGAGGAGGAGGAGGAGGAGGAGGAGGAGGAGGAGGAGGAGGAGGAGGGGGAGGAGAGGGAGGCACGGGUGGUGUAUCUGAGGGUGAUAGCAGUGCACCCCCCCGGCAGCACCAUCUACGCCAUCCACCCCCACUCUACCCACCUCCUCCUCUCCGCCUCCCUGCCCUCGCCCCUGCCACCUGUCGCGCUGCGAUUCGCCGGGGAUCUAGCAGGGUAUCCCCUGCCGCCCGAGGCUGGGCGGCUGGUUCGGGUGCUGGCUUCAGCGCUGCUGCCCGUGGGGUGGGGGAGGGAGGGCGGGGAGGGCGGCGGAGGGAGCAGUGUGGUGGGGGGCAUGGCGCCAUCCGCGUUCAGCUGCGCACUGCUGCUCGUUGGGCCCUCUGGAGUGGGGCGGCGAACAGCAGUGCGGGCGGCGUGCCAGCGCAUGGGCGUGCACUGCGUGGAGUACAGCAGUGCCGACCUCGCUGCCUCCUCCAAUGAAAGCGCGACAGCUGGCGCUCUGCAAGCCGCCUUUGAAACAGCGAGCCGCUACUCGCCAGCAGUGCUGCUGCUGCGCCGCUUCUCUGCCCUCCUCACGGCCUCAGACGCCCCCGACGCCUCUUCCUCCGCCGCGCUGUCUCUGCUCGCCCACACGCUGCGCGGCUGCAUCCGCUUCUUCUCCCGCCCCCAUGGGCCUUCCAGUGCAGCCCCACCCCCCUUGCACACUGCACCAGCCGCAGCUGUAGCAGGAGGGGGAGGUGGAGGGGGAGGUGGAGGGGGAGGGGGGGUGGCGGUGGUGGUGGUGGCGUGUGUGGAGGAGGGGGAGGCGGAGGGCAUGGGCGUGGCGGUGAGGCGGUGCUUCACUCACGAGCUCGCUGUGGGGCCGCCGGAUGAGAUGCACCGCCGCCAGCUGCUGCGCUUCUUCCUCAAGAGCCCUCCGUCCAGCGCUACAGCCGGGGACGAGGAGGAGGACGUGGCGGCGGCUGUAGCGCGGGAGACGGCGGGGCUGCUGCCGCGCGACCUCAGGGCGCUGGCCGCCGACGCUGCUGCCGCUGCCAUCUGCCGCUCGCUGCCCCCCGGGGGAGCUGCCAUGCAGACGGCUGUGGGCAGUGCAGGCGUGGCAGAGGGUCGGGGUGGGGAGGAUGGCAGUGCGGAGACGAGCAGCGGAUGCGAGGGGGAGGGGAAGGCGGAGGUAGAGGGGGUCAGGGAAGUGGAGGGCGGAAGGGGAGCGGAGGGGAUGGCGGGGGGGCUGGCGGUGGGGAGGGGCGACAUGGAGGAGGCGAUGGGGGCGGUGAAGCGGCGCGUGGCGACGGUGAUCGGCACUCCCAAGGUGCCCAACGUGCGGUGGGAUGACAUCGGUGGGCUGGAGGACGUCAAGGCUGCCAUCCUCGACACCAUCCAGCUGCCGCUGCGGCACCGGCAUCUGUUUGCGUCUGGGCUGCGGCAGCGCUCCGGUGUGCUGCUGUACGGCCCGCCGGGCACAGGCAAGACGCUGCUGGCCAAGGCGGUGGCAACGGAGUGCUCGUUGAACUUCCUGAGCGUCAAGGGUCCGGAGCUGAUCAACAUGUACGUGGGCGAGUCGGAGCGCAACGUGCGCGCCAUCUUCGCCAAGGCGCGCGCCGCCCGCCCUUGCGUCGUCUUCUUUGAUGAGCUCGAUGCCCUUGCGCCUGCCAGAGGGGCUGCUGGGGACUCAGGGGGUGUCAUGGACCGCGUUGUCUCCCAGCUGCUGGCUGAGGUGGAUGGCAUAGGGUCCACGUCAGCAUCGGAUCUAUUCCUGGUGGGCGCCAGCAACCGCCCCGACCUCAUCGACCCCGCGCUGCUGCGCCCGGGCCGCUUCGACAAGCUGCUCUAUGUGGGCGCUGGCUCCACCGCUCUGCACCGCUGCAGGGUGCUGCAGGCGCUGACACGGCGCUUCCAGCUGGCUGGGGGGGUGUCGCUGCAGAGCAUCGCCGACCGCUGCCCCGCCACGCUCACGGGUGCCGACCUCUACGCCCUCGCUGCCGACGCGUGGCUCUGCGCUGCCAAGCGCACCGUGGGGCACGCCAACACACCAGGCCGCUCUGCUGCACGCUCCAAGGGGCACGGCGUGGAAGGUGGAAAGGAGGGUGAAGGGGACGAUGCGGUGGUGGUGGAGCAAGCAGACUUCCUCAAGGCCUUGUCACAGCUGACCCCCUCAUUAUCGGCGUCAGAGCUGCAUCGCUACGAGGCUUUACGAGAGCACGCAGUGCGCGCGCUGCUGGACGUGCGCGCGGCGCUGAAGGAGGCGAACCCGGCGGCGCUGGAGUCGUGGUCGGAGAGCACGGACCCGUGCGGGGGGUCGUGGGAGGGCUCCUUCCACUGCGACGACAACGGCCACGUCACCUUCCUGUCGCUAGCGCAGAAGCAGCUGCACGGGCCCAUCCCCGGCGUGCAGCUCGCCGCGCUCACGGCUCUCAACUACAUGUACGUCCGCAUGUCGCGACAAUGCACGCCGCCCACGCGCAUGGUAAGCGCCCCACACUGCUCGUGCGAGCGCGUUGGCUCGCCUCGGCGCGCUUCUCAGCGACAGGUACUGUCGACGCUGGGAGGGAGGGGUGCGGCAGGCGGAGCAGCACGGAAUGCGGCAGUGCAGGUUCAGCUCUUGCCGGCUCGCUGGCCCUCCUCAGCUCUUGCCGGCUCGCUGGCCCUCCUCAGCUCUUGCCCACCCCGCCACCACCACGCACCAUUCCCCUCCCUUCUCCCUUGCCCCUCAUGCUCUUCGUGCCUCUCACCCGCCGUCCGCUCGCUACCAUUCCCCCGUGUGCGCAGCGACCUGGCGUCGAACUCGUUCACGGGUCCCAUUCCCGAGCAGCUGCUGCGACUCACCUCGCUGCAAAUCCUGUCACUAUCGUUCAACCAGCUAUCGGGCACGCUGCCAGCGGGCUUCAGCCAGCUCCAGGCGCUCAAGCAGCUGCAAGUGGCAGGCAACCAGCUAUCGGGCGAGCUGCCAGCGUCACUCUCCUCGCUCUCCAACCUCACCCUCCUGCGCCUGUCGUCCAACCAGCUGGCAGGGGAGGUGCCCUCGUGGCUCGGCUCCUGGCCCAAGAUCGUUGUGCUGGAGCUGUUUGGCAACAAGCUGGGCGGCUACAUCCCGCAGGACCUCGCCCAGGCCACCACGCUCGCCUCUCUUGAUGUGAGCUACAACGCUGGGCUGGGCGGCCCCAUCCCCGCCUUCUUUGGUGACUUUGACAACCUGGCGUCCAUUGCGAUGCAGUUCUGCUCCUUCUCAGGCCCGCUGCCGCCCUCACUAGGCAACCUAGUACACGUGCAGGAGGUGCUGCUGGACAACAACCAGCUCACGGGGCCCAUCCCGGACGAGUGGGGCGCGGGGCUGGAGCGAGUGGAGGUGCUGCACCUCAACGACAACCAGCUCAGCGGCACCAUACCGGGCACGUUCUGCCACCUGGAGUAUGCCAAGGACGUCAACCUCGCACUCAACCGCCUGCAGGGGCCCAUCCCCAUCUGCCUCACCUCGCUGCGCCGCAUCUCCUCCCUAGUGCUCUCCUUCAAUCGACUCACGGGCCCCGUGCCGCCUGUGCCAGCUGGCGUGCAGGUCUUCUUCAAGGUGAACGGCAACUGUCUAGACGGAGUGGAGGACCAGCAGUCGCCCUGCCCCGCCCCCGAUGAGCUUCCCCCUCCUGCCCCCACCCCACCCGAGCAGCCACAGCAGGAGGAGGCAGCACCAUCGAGCUCAUCCACAUGGUCAUGGAUGAGGGGAUUCCUCAUAGCGCUACUAUCAGCCACCUUCGUGCUGCUGCUCAUCUUCGCCUUUGUGCUCCUUGCCAACCGCUCCGACUCCCACAACGCCUCCCGCUCCGACAACUUGGCGGUGCAGGAGUACAGUCUGGGCAAGAUCAAGAAGGCCACGCGCAGCUUCACCACGGUGUACGGGCGGGGCAGCUUCGGCACCGUGUACCUGGCCGAGGACUUCCUCAGAGACCAGAUCGAGACGCGCGCCAUCAUCAAACGCGCCCACGACCCCGAGAAGCUGGGAGAGUACGUGUUCAAGGCGAAGGCGGACUUCCUGGCGAGGGUGAGGCACCGCAGCCUGGUGGCGCUGCUGGGGUUCUGUGUGGGCAAGGGCGAGCGCAUCCUCGUCUACGAGUACCUCCCCAACGGCUCCCUCUACGACCGCCUCCACCGGCCGGACCUGGAGCCGAUCCCGUGGGACACGCGGGUGCGCAUUGCGGCGAACGUGGCGUCGGCGCUGAGCUACCUGCACCACUGCUGCCACCCGCCCCUCGUGCACCGCGCCGUCACCUCCUCCAACAUCCUCCUCACCUUCGACAUGUCCGGCAAGCUAUCUGACUUUGGUCUGGCCCGAGGCGGCUCCCCCGCCGUGUUUGACGACGGCUCCAAGCGCCGCCGCCCCACCAAGCCCGCGCGCACACGCAGCGGGGGGGUGGCGGAGGGCGAGGGGAGUGAAGGCGGGGAGGGGGGGGAGGAGGGGCAGAGCGCCCUGCAGGGGGGCGAGUUGGAGAAGGUGGAUGUGUAUGGGUUCGGAGUGGUGCUGCUGGAGCUGAUCACGGGGCAGAAGGCCAUGAAGGAGGUCCACAUCACCAGCCUCGUGCGUCCGCCCCUCCGCCCUGCUCCUCCGCAUGCGGCACCGUUCCUGGAGGACGCGCAGAUGAUGCCGCUGAUGGUGGACGCGGCACUGGGGGGGUUCUUCGACCAGGCGGAGCUCAUCGCACUCGGCACCAUCGCCCGCGACUGCGUGAAGGAGGACCCGUCGGCGCGCCCCUCCAUGCGCGACGUGGUGCGCACCAUGCAGGCGCAGCUCGACCUCGAGGCCGACCUCUUUGCCGCACCUGCUGGUGUGGCUGGCACGGAUGACCUGGACCGGGGAGACGGGGGCGAUGGGGUGGCCAACUCGAGUGGAUACGCACCGGUGGGCGGCAAGAGUGCGCUGGCCUCUGCAUGGGUGUCGUUGGAAAAUGUUGCUUCCUCUGUCCGCACGGCCCUGACCAGCCCCCGGUUGGUGCCGCCACAUCCUGCCGGCGAGAGCACAGCUGAUCCCACGGAUGUGGAGAUGUCCUCGCUGUUGCUCAUUGCGCCUCGUGCUGCACGCCGGUAG